AUGGCAAAAGUGACUUCGCUUCGAAGUAAAGAUCCAAAUACUCAAGUUGGAUGUGUUAUAGUUGACAAAGACAAUUGUAUCGUUUCGGUUGGAUACAAUGGAUUUCCGAUUGGUGUUGAUGAUGACGUUUUUCGAUGGGAUAAGGAGGAUCCGGAGGACAAUAAACAUUUAUAUGUGGUACAUGCUGAAAUGAAUGCAAUAAUAAACAAGCGUUGUGCAACACUACACGACUGCAUUGUCUAUGUCACUCUCUUCCCGUGCAACAAAUGUGCUCAAAUGUUGAUUCAGUCGAGAGUCAAGAAAGUUUAUUAUCUGGAAGAUCGAGACGAACUUGCGUUCCGCGCAUCGAAGAAGAUGCUCGAUCAUGCGAAACUACCAUAUGAACAAGUCGAAAUGCCACGGGGAAAAUAUGUUUUUGAAUGCUAA